AUGGAUACGCCGAACGAUUCGUUGAGAGAAAAGGAGAGCCAAAAAGUCUCUGAAAAUAAAGAUUGGUCCAAGCUUUGCCCAGAUCUUUUGCGAAAGAUCAUCGAAAGCUUGAGCUCCAUUGGCUAUCACCGAGCAAAAAUUGUUUGCUCAGAUUGGUAUAAUGUUUGGAAAACAUGUGCAAAGCGACGUCUAUGUCCAUGGCGGAUCAUAUACCAAGAUAAAACUUAUAAGCUGUUAGAUCCCGGUGAAGAGAAGAUUUACACGACACAAUACGUCGGACUCUCUGACAAUACCUAUUGUAUGGCUAGCUACGGAAAUUGGCUGUUGAUGGUAGAUUGUCGUCUUGAUUUCUAUAUUUUUAACCUUUUAACAUGCGAGAAGAUCAAUCUUCCUUCAAUGGAGACUCUAAUACGUGGUGGUGCACAAGUGAGAUUCGAGCGAUGCGGUGAGUCAGGACGCCGCGAGUGGGGACACUUUGUUGAGCCUUGUCGUAAGGAUCAUGUGUCGGAAGGCAUCUACGGAUGCAAACGAUCAGGAGCUGUUGUGUGGAUAAACGAGAGGACAGGGGAUUAUUUCGUUGCUUGGAUUUUCAAACAGCAUUACGUGUUCACAUACAAGAAAGGAGAUGAUUCGUGGUGGAACUGGAAUAGUAAUUGGCAAACCGGUGGCAAAAAUUUAGGUUAUCUUGAUUUGGCUUAUAAGAAUAGUAAGCUUUAUCUGUAUACUACCGAUGAUCAUAUCAAGAUUAUCGAUUUCUCUGGAGAUUUCCCCAAGGAAGAAACCGAGAAUAACCCCUAUAAAGAUCAUCGUUUUUACUAUCCUAUGAUUGCUAUGAGUGAAGGCGAAUAUAUUAUGAGGAGGAGAAUAGCCAUUGAGAAAUCAGGAGAGGUUUUGGUCAUCUUGAAUUUAAUAAAACGAGAAGAACUUUUCUUUUACAUCUUUAAGAUGAAUCCUGAGAGUGGCAAAUGGAAAAGGGUAGCUUCUAUUGGAGAUGAUGAGAUGUUGAUUUUGGAUCAUGGGGUUACAAUAAGAGCACCGGUUCAAGAUGUUGGUGAUGGAAUAAAGAGUGGUUCGAUCUUUUUCGUUGAAGAUUGUGAUCGUUGGCCACAUUAUUUUUGCUAUUCAGAUUGUGGUAUCUUUGAUAUUGCCACAACAAAUAUUAAAUGGCUUAAGGAGUUUCGUGAACGAGCAUGUUGUGGUUCUUUCUUUGGUGGUGUGUUAUCUAUUUCUCUCUGUUUUGCAAAGAUGCGUGUGAGGUGUUUGGAGGCGGAUAUCGGAGCUGGACAUCAAAGGAGAUUGAUGCUCGACAUCAGUGUCGGUCGACAUCAAGCUGAAGGACGUCAACUAUCUGUACCACCAUCAUUCCGCCACAAUGGAUAUGAUCACAUUGCCGAGGAAGAGCUUGUUGAAGCCUUCACCCAAAUGAGCCUUGAUCAAACCAGCUCCUCAGCUAUGAAACCUCUUUUGGCAGGUCAAGGAACCCCUAGAAGCCAAGACAAGACAUUGGAGCUGCAAGAGACGUGCGAUACAAGCUUCACUUCCAAGAGCGAUCAAGAUAGUGAAGAUCAAGACCAAGACAUUGAGGACAUGGACGAGCAUCAAGAGACUGAUCAUGAUACUCUAGAGGAACUCCAGGAAGACCCCUACUUCAAGAAGCAAGCCAACAAAUAA